AUGUUUACUGGUCCCGAAGAUUGUACCUUUGAAAUUGAUACGUGGGGAUGGAAUGAUAAAAGUACUAGUCACAGAUACGUGUGGAAAAGCAAAAUUGGCAAAGGCGAAAUAAUGAGAGACGGACCUCUAUUUGAUCAUACAACUAUGGGAGACUCUGGUUAUUUCAUGAAGGCAGUCGACGUUGGAGGGAAGACUGAAGGCGAAGACAGAGCAAUUCUGAUACUAAAAAGAAAAUCAAAUCCUGGAGAAACUUGUAUGACAUUUUGGUACUACAUGACCGGAUCAGAGAACCAUUUACUGAAAGUGUCUAUAGAUUCCCUUGAUAAAAAACUUGAAACUUGUAAACAAACCUUAUACUUGGGUAUCCCUACUUACGAGAAUGAUUGGUGGCUACCAGGACAAAUAAACUUUGAUUGCGGUGCAAAUCCUUACCAGGUAUCAUUCACUGCAUCAAACGGCGGAGAUAAAUUUUCGAACAUUGCAAUAGACGAUGUUUUCUUCUUAAACGGUCACCGGUUUUAUAAGAUUGAACAGGUGACUUCAUUGUAGCAGGAUGUUAUUCACUCACUUUUAACUGUCUAAUUAUAACAAUGGUAUGUUUUUUUUCUCCAAAAAUGAAAUCAGUUAAUUCGAAGACUUAUAUUAUAAUAAUUGUGUUUAACUAAGUCAAAUUGGCAAUGUUAAAUUUCACAAAAUAACCGCGCUGACAAUGCCGUGUGUGUUGUUAUCUAUUUUAUUCCCCAUUUACUUUUAAAAUAAAGUAAAUAAAUAAAUAAAUUUUUCAGCAUAUAUGAAAUAAAAAACACCUUUUUAAAACAAAAGGAACUAUAUCCUUUAAGAUUUGUUUUUUUCAUUACUUCAAUAUCAUCAGCACUUUAUACGUAUACUGGUCAGAAAAAAAAAGUUUAAGGAAUAAAUAGAGGGAAUUAAAAAUUAACAGCGCAUGCUUAUAAUGUGACGUGUAAUUUGCCUAAUUAGUACCUAAAUUUUGUUACAUAUAUUUUUUGCUAGUGUUGAUAUAAAGCCUGUUUUAAGUCUUUGCCAUCUGUGACUGUUGGAAUAAAGAUACCCUUUUCAGUUUUGUUUCAUAUUAAUAAAAACUACGAAUAAAGAGAUGUGUUGUUAUUAGUUUCGUGAAAAACCUCAACUUUUCAUAAAUGUUGAAAGUUUAAUGGUAAAAUCCAAACAAAUAAUCCAUCUGCUUGACAAUUUUCUUCAUCUAAACCUCUGUUGGAAAAUCACCUAAAGGCUGGAAAAUAAGAAAUGCAAUCUUUAUUAAUGACUCCAUGUAUGUUCUCCCGUAACACUAUCAUUUUUUUGGAAUCUGACUUUCACAAUCAUUGUGUGUUUUUAGUACUGAAAAAUCGACUUUCUAAACAAAGAAAUGAUUUGUUUAUCUUUUGCAUACUUUAUACCUUAGAUAAGCCUUUGUAGACGAUUGCGUCAUAUGCCCCCGCGAAGAUGCUCUUUUUAUUUCUGUGUUCAUUUUAGUGUGUAUGUUUUUAUCGAAGAGUGAAGACAAGUUUUUUUCUUUACAAGUCAAGAGUGAAGUCCUUAUUACAAGCUCGUGAGCUUGUAUUAAAACGCAAAUGUGUCCUACAAGAAUGGAAAUUUUUGCCUCUCUGAGCACCGACACGGGAGUCGUCGUAUGUUCGAAUCUUAUCUUGGUAACUAUUUUUACUUUUUUUUUCUUUUUUCUUUUUUAAAAAGAUAAGACAAGUGUUCAAAACACUUGUUUAACUAACUAGUAAAUAAAGGUGUUUCCACCAAACUUUUUAAAAGUGAAUGUAGGCAGAAUUAACUGAAUUAAUGAAUUUCGCAAAUUUUGGGGUUUGUGGGUUUGUGGUCUUUCUUCUUCCUGUCAGUCGGUUCACCCAAGACGGACCCAUCGAAAAUUAAAAGUUCGAGGAAUUUUCCGUUCAGGAAGGUCUCACAAAUCAAUUUUGAAAAAUAAGUGUGUAACAAAUAUUAUUGCGUAUCUGAAUAGUAAAAUAUGUCGUGUCUAACUUCGUAACAAAAAUCCCAAUUUGAUAGACAGUUUUUUGUAAACUUUAUUCGCGAGGUUGUUUGCGUAUA